AUGCGUUUCUCGACUAUUCUCUCAGCGGCUGUCUUCUCACUCGGCGUGAGCGCAGCAGCCACUCCUGAUGUGGACAAGCGGCAAGCUUCCGCCCGUGGUACUUGCCAGGUCGGCAGCAAUGAGUGCACCGUCAAUGGUGUGCUUCGGUUCAGUUGCAGACCGUCUCGGUGCCCUUACGAUGGCGCUGGGUGCACCGUCAUCUCUCUUGGCUCCUCGGGGCGUUCAGUGGUCUGCUGA